CUGAUGCGCGCCUGUUGGAUUCUCUUCCUGUAUGAAUUGGAGAAGACCAAGAGGACGAACAAACAUAGCCCCUGUCACUGUAGUAUGAGUGUUUAUAAAAGUUAUUAGAAUGGCCUAAGAAGAAAGAAUACAACAUGGUUAGAUCGGGGGUGUGCUGUGCCAGCCUGGACGAUGACAAGGCCCUGAUGAAGAUGGGCCUGGGGCUGGUGCUGGUGGGCCAUGUCAACUUCCUGUUGGGGGCGCUAGUGCACGGCGCCGUGCUCAGACACGUCAACCUUCAUGCCCAGGCUCGCACCAUGGAGUACGCCAUCUCCAACGUAAUAGCGUUGGUGUCGGGCCUCAUGGCUAUCAUUGUUGGAAUCUCAGCAAUAGUCCUGUCAAAAAACAGGAAAAACAAGCCUUUGAAAUGGUUCCUGUUUGUGGUCAGCAUAAUGGCAGCGCUCCUGUCCGCAGCCGCCACGGUGGGGCUGACUGUGUCCAUGAUCAUGGCCAUCAUCAACGGAGGCCGGGGCCUGCUGACCCACUGCAAAGACCCCCCCGCCCACCACUUCUCCAUCACUCAUGAAUGCCCGUUUGAUCCCACAAGGAUCUAUGGAACAACGGUGAUCCUGUGGGCCCCUCUGAUCCUGAUGCUGAUCGUGGAGACGGUGUUCUGUGGGCACUGCUUUUUCGCCUGCAUCUCCUUCCUGCGCCUCUCCUGUCCCUGGCGCAAGAGGAAGAAGAUCAUCAACGCCAGAAGGGUGCGUAUACAGACCCCAUCGGACCUGGAGGCCUUAUCUGAGCAGAGACGGUCAGAGGCAGAGACACGAGAACAACACGAGCUGCUCAGAUUCAGCAAUCCCACUCAUGGAACAAUCUGAGCCACUGGGUGGCGUUAGAGAUACAAAAAACUCAGCUAUGCUACGGUAAUAGCCUGCUGCCACACAAAUGUCCACAAACAUGGCCUCAGGUCUACCACUGGAUUAUCCAAAGGCCCCUUUAUAUAAGAGGAAUUUGUUCAUAUCAAAACUAGGGGUAAAGGUUACUGAUAUUCUUUCUUUUUUUUUCUUUUUUCUUGUUUCUUGUGUGUGUCUUGAUGUGUACAUUUUUGACUAUAGAUUAAAUUAUUGGAUGCAAGUGAUUGCUGAGUGAUUUUCGCUCACAUUUUCAAACUUACUAUGAUGCAUUUCACAUUUUAAAUUGAGUGUAUUUUAUAACUUUAACACUUAUGCAUAUGUUGUUUUUGUAAUGAUACUGUAUAUUGUGAAUGACGUAAUUUAUGUUAAGGAUGUUUGCUUUCUGCUACAGUACAUUUAUUCUGACUUGGUAAACAUGUUUUUGAUAGAG